AUGCGCGCCACUUUCGCACUUACCCUCCUUCUGCCUCUCUUCCUUGCCUCACAAGGCUCAGCAGCACCGGCGGCGAGCGCCAACCCGUCCAGUACGAGCGCAUCUGGCUCUGCCAGUGCUAGCGAAAGCGGCGGCUCUGUCACAGGCUCUGUUGCGUCGGGAACUGAGAGUAGUAGCGCUGUACCGAGCGCAAGCCUCGCCUCCUCCAUUGGAAGUGCGCCUGGGUCUUCCAGCGCGACCGGAACUGCUUCGAGUUCCGUUGCGUCCGGGUCUUCGAGCGUUUCCACGACCCCCAGUCCUUCGGGUAGUCAACCUUCUGACCCGUCCGGCUUCCCCUGGCCCUCGGGCAUCCCUUUCCCACCCGACGUCUUCCCCUCCGGCAUCCCCUUCCCCUCCGGCAUAUUCCCAUCGGGCAUACCCAUUCCUACUCGUUCAUUCCCCUCCGGAUUCCCUUCGAGCUUCCCCCAUCCCUCCGGCUUCCCACAUCCGCACCCUCCCGCCUCUCCUUCGCCGAGGGCUCUUGAGGAACAUCCCAGCAGCUUCCCGUUCCCAAUCCCGUGGCCGCACAGCGACCACAGCGGAUUCCCUCACCCUCACCCUGGGAAGCCUACCGGUAGCCCGUCUAGUAGUGGCACCCCGUCUGACCCUACCGCGUCCGGAUGCCCGGCUGUAGUGACUGCCACGGUCACGGCGAUCCAGUCUGGUAGCGCCUCUGUAUCUACCACUGGCACGCCUUCCUCUGAAAGUGCUUCCGCCAGUGGUGCACAUUCGAGCGAUACGGGUGCUCCCAUCAGCAUUCCCAUCCCACCGCCCGGCACCCCUGGCAAGCCCACGAACCUCCCCUCCUCCGGGGUACCGUCCGGCGCCUCAUCCUCCAUUUCAAGCGCGCCCAGCGGCAGCCCAGGCAAGCCCACGGACCUCCCCAGCAGUGCUCCAGCUCCAUCAUCCGGCGCGCCAUCCGGCGCGUCGUCCUCCGCUUCGGGCGCCCCCACAUCCAGAGGCUCGGCGUACAUCUCGUCAUCCACCGCGCAGAACAAACGUGCUGCACCCUCCGAGUCCAGCGCCACCGGUGCGACAGGUCCCACCACCGUCGCCCCGCCCUGCCCCCCGGCUAGCACGACAACUGUCACAGUAACUGGGGAGCCCACCGAGACCGUUUCCUCCUCUGACUCGUCUUCUGCGCCUACCGGCACUGCCAGCUCCGGUACUCUGUCCGCCAACAGCGGUACCGCUUCGAGCACGGCUUCUGCUAGCGGCAGUGCAGGGUCGUCGAACAUUCACUCCGGAAGUAGCGCGCCAGUGAGCACUCUUAGCAUGAGCAGCAGCGCGUGA